CUAGGCGGGAUUAGGGAGAUCUGCUGAGCUGAACACGCAGCCCCCGAAUUGCUAAACGUGCAGCCGCCAGUGUCUGGCUGGCCGCAGCUCUCCGCAGCCGCUACGCUCGCCAUGGCCUUCGCCACACUGAGCAAGGUGCUGCUCAGCGACAACCUGGACCCCUGCUGCAAGCAGCUGCUGCAGGCCGGCGGCAUCCAGGUGCUGGACAAGCCCAACCUGAGCCGGGAGCAGCUGCUGGCGGAGAUCCAGCACUCACCCUUUCAGGACUGUGAUGGGCUCAUCGUCCGCUCAGCGACCAAAGUGACCGCAGAUGUCAUCCAGGCUGCCAAGAAGCUGCAGGUGAUCGGGCGGGCGGGCACCGGCGUCGACAAUGUGGACGUGGAGGCAGCUACAAGAAAGGGCAUCCUGGUUAUGAACACGCCCACUGGGAACAGCCUGAGCGCAGCGGAGCUCACCUGCGGGAUGAUCCUGAGCCUGGCCAGGCAAAUCCCCCAAGCAGCUGCCUCGAUGAAGGAGGGGAAGUGGGACCGCAAGAAGUUCAUGGGAAUGGAGCUUCACGGGAAAACCCUGGGCAUCCUGGGCCUGGGCCGCAUUGGGAGAGAAGUGGCCCUCAGGAUGCAGGCCUUCGGGAUGAAGACCAUAGGGUACGAUCCCAUCAUCACACCUGAGGACUCGGCUGCCUUCGGUGUGCAGCAGCUGCCCUUGGAGCAGAUCUGGCCCCUGUGUGACUUCAUCACGGUGCACACGCCGCUCCUGCCCUCCACCACAGGGUUACUGAACGACAGCACCUUUGCCAAGUGCCGGCAGGGUGUGCAGGUGGUGAACUGUGCCCGAGGGGGCAUUGUGGAUGAGGGAGCGCUGCUCCGGGCACUGCAGUCUGGCCAGUGUGGGGGGGCCGGCCUUGACGUCUUCACUGAGGAGCCACCCCGGGACCGAACCCUGGUGAACCAUCCCAAUGUGAUCAGCUGCCCCCACCUGGGCGCCAGCACCCGGGAAGCACAGAGUCGCUGUGGCAAAGAAAUCGCCCUUCAGUUUGUGGACCUGGCCCAGGGGAAGGCGCUGGCUGGUGUGGUAAACAGCCAGGCUCUCGGCAGCGCCUUGGAACCUCAGACCAAGCCCUGGAUCGCCCUGGCUAAAGCCCUGGGUGUGCUACUGCAGACAUUGGCCAGCCCAGUGAAAGGAAGCGUGCAGGUCUCCACACUGGGAGCACCUUUGGAGAAGGCCGGAAGUUACCUGAGCCCUGCCGUGGCUACUGGCCUGCUAGAAGGAGCAGCACAGAAGGAUGUGAACCUGGUGAAUGGGCUGCUGCUGGCCCAGGAGGCUGGGCUGAAGGUCACGGCCACUCAUAGCAAUGUGGUGCCCGAGCUGUACAGCAGUGACAGCCUCCUGCAGAUCACCUUGCAGGGGACCCCCUCCAGGCUAGUGGGCUCGGUCCAAGGCAGCACCCCCAUCCUGCAGGAGCUCAACGGAGCCAACUUCAAGCAGCCAGUUCCUCUCACCGGCCAUCUGCUGCUCUACAGAGCCAAAGCUGCCAACACCAGCACCCUGCCCACAGUGAUUGGGCUGCUGGGGAAGGCUCAGGUACAGCUCCAGUCCUACCACAGCUCCUGUGCUGUGGCAGGAGAACAGUGGAGCAUCUUGGGAAUCUCUUCGGCGGUCGGGACCCUCGGUGACGUGAAACAGCAUGUGACAGAGGUCUUCCAGCUCACGCUCUAGUCCUUUACAGUGAGCUCGCAGCUGCUUCCCAGGGGAGCUGUUCUCUCAGCAAAGCCAGGCCAGGUUCAAGAGCAGCAUGCAACCUCUCCCCUGGCAGCACUGCCAGCCAGCAGGCUCAGCGGGGGCUGGGCACACCGUUGGUUGUCGUUAGGAAAUCCAAGCACAGUCAAUACAGCAUUUGGGAGGA